UAACAAUUUACUUCAUUUAACAUCAACUAAUGUCUAACAAGAAAUAUUUUAAUCCACCAGAAAUCUUGGUAAUUGGAGUUGGUUUACCACGUACAGGUACAUCAAGUUUAAAGGCUGCACUUGAAAUUUUAUACAAUACUCCAUGUUAUAAAUUAGAUGAAGUUAUACGAAAGCGUAGAGAUCAUAUAUUGAAAUGGCAAAGUUUGAUGGAUCAGGCAAAAUUUUCUAAAUGUGGAAUAAUCAAUAAACAAACUGUUUAUGAAUUACUAGAAGGCUAUAAGACUGUUGUCGAUAUACCAGUCUCUGUGUUACAUAAAGAGAUGAUGGCAAUUUUCCCAAAUGCAAAGUUCAUAUUUAGUUGGAGAGAUAAAAAUGAUUGGUUGAAUAGUAUGCGUGAUACAAUAUCAUUAAAUAAAAAUCAAUUAUUUGGUAAUGGAUUAAUUGGUAGUUUUAUUAUCAAAUUAUUUGUUGGUAAUGGAAUUGAACAUUUAAUAGAUGGUACAUUAUAUUAUGCAUUUGAUAAAGAAUUUGAUCAUCAUAAUGAUGAUCAAUUAUUAUUACAAUUAUAUGAUAUAUGAUAUAUAUUUAAAUAAAGUGAAAUUAACUAUCCCUUCAAAUAAAUUAUUAAUACAUAAUUAUAAAGAUGGUUGGGAACCAUUAUGUAACUUUCUUAAUUUACCUAUACCUAAUGAAUCAUAUCCGCAUAAAUUUAAGCGUAAAGAAGUUCAAAAACGUAUAAGAGAUCUACGUAAUAUUAUAUAUAUUAUAAAGUAUAUAAUACCGGCAGGUAUUGUAAUCUGUUUAUCAUGGUAUAUUACAAAGAAUAUUUUAUAGUAACACUAUUAUUAUUAUUGUUAUUAUUAUUAGUAAUAGCAAUAAUACUGUUGAACUAUAAAACCUAACUGGAUCUUUUGUAUGUGAAUGCCUCUUUCCUUUUUUAAAACUAUUUACCAC